AUGGUUGUUGGUGUACUUGCACAACACUCUUUCCAAUUGGUCAUAUCAUUGAUUGCUACACUAAAGUCUGGUCAUGUCUAUCUGCCACUGGAUGCAUCAUUCCCUAUCGAACGAUUGAACUACAUGCUCAACCAUGCAUCUUGCAACACACUACUCAUUCAACAUUCACAUCAUAAUCAUCCCCUCCUCACUCACCUCACCAAAAAUGCACCAUCAACCAACAUACUAUGUGUUGAUUGCUGUCUCCGAUCCAGAGAUGACUAUGUCCCAGCGCCAAUCGCUCACUCGCCUCAACCCAAUGACACCGCAUACCUUAUAUACACUUCUGGAAGCACUGGCGAGCCAAAGGGCGUGUUGGUCGCGCAUAGGGGCAUUACAAACUUCUUAAAGGCCCAGAUUGAAUCGUUUGGAUUCAAGACGUCACAUAGCAGACUGCUUCAAUCACUUCCGGUAUGCUUUGAUGCAUGUUUGAGUGAGAUUGGUACAUCACUACUUGGUGGCUGCACACUAGUUGUUCCAGAGAGUAGUGAGCAAGCUGCAAUCGCACGUGGAUCAUCUUCAACAUUCUUCAACUAUCUUUGUGUGAACAAUAUCACGGCGGCGAUGUUGGCACCUUCAUUCCUGGCUCAGCUAUCACUCGUCGAGUACAAUGUUCCAUCAUUGGAGACCGUGGUCAUUGGUGGCGAGGUAUGUCCACAGCAUGUCAUUGAUGCAUGGACCCAACACAUCAGACUUGUGAGCGUAUAUGGCCCUACCGAGGCUACUGUGUGCACCUCGCUCCUGCCAUUCCCCAAGCGAACAGCAACACCACCCCUCAUCAGCAUUGGGCGUCCAGUACCCCACAUGCAACUACACCUCUUGGACUCAGCCACCUUGGUCCCAUUGACUCAACCAGGGACCGAAGGUGAGAUAUACAUUGGGGGAGUAGGUGUCGCACUUGGAUACCACAUGCGUGAUGAUCUCACCAUUGCCGCGUUUGUCCCCGACCCAUUUAUCAACUCGGAGGACAGCGCCACAUCGCCCAAAAUGUUUAAGACAGGCGACUGGGGUCGAAUGUUGGAUGAUGGAUGCAUAGAGUUCAGAGGAAGGAUUGACAACCAGGUGAAGAUCAAUGGACAGCGAAUAGAGUUGGACGAAAUAUCCAAGGUGAUCGAAAAGCAUCCACUCGUUCAACAGGCAGUGGUCGAUGCAAAGUUAAUACAUGAUGUCAAGACACUGGUUGGAUACGUUGCACUCAGACAGGCUACACCAAGCAUCAUGGUAUCACCGUGCAUUGUUCAACCACGUCACGACAAUGGUGAUCGCGAUGAAUCAGCCAACAACAUCACAACAUAUGUGGCGCAUCUCAUCACAAACUACUUGUCGACCAAACUUCCAGCAUUCAUGAUACCAAGACAUUAUGUUGUGAUGGCCAAUGGUCUGUUCCCAUUGAAUAGCAAUGAGAAGAUUGAUCGUAGUCGUCUGCCACUUCCAGAGUCGGUGCCCGAGCCAGCAUGGUCCACACUGUCCUACACGCUAGAGUUGGAGAAGAAGUUACAAUCAAUCAUAUCAACCGUAUUACUACGUCAUGUAUCAACGGAUGAUGAUCUCAUUGGACAGUGCGGUCUAAACUCAAUUGGAUCAAUCAGAUUCAUACAACUCUGUCGAACACAUGGCAUUGGCAACAUCACACCAAAGGUCGUGUACUCUGCCAGAACAAUCACACGCAUUGCCAAUGAGCUAAGGACAGUCCAGCCGGGCACAGAGUCAUCAAUCAUCGAGGAGGAGAGGAGCAAGACUGUUCGGAAGUUGAAAGAGCGCGCGGACCAUCUGAUUGACACACAAAUGGCUCACACUGGAUCUGGGUCCAUACCAGAUGGGGUCGUCCAUUUCCCUAUUGGCAAGACUAUACUCAUCACUGGAGGAACAGGAUUCCUUGGCUCACACAUAUUGAAUGCACUCAUUCAAAUUGAUGAUAUUGACAAUGAUCAUAAUCAAAAGAUAGUGUUACUUGUGAGGAAUCCAGACUCUGCAAUGGCAUCAAUCAAUGAUCAAUUGUCUGGCACUGGGUUGGAACCAAGUCAUCAGAUGAGUACACUCAAUAGGAUAAAGGAAAGAGUUAUAUUUGUUAAAGGAGACAUCACACUUGAUCGACUUGGCUUGUCACAUGACGAUUGGACAGCAUUGGCAACACAAGUCACAUCGAUCAUUCAUGCUGCUGCGCGUGUAAAUAUGAGCAUGACCUUCAACGAGAUGGAGUUGGACAAUGUAGUUGGCAUGAUCAACGUACUCAAACUAUGCAACCAUCGCAAACAAGUGACACUUCACUACAUAUCCACAUUGUCAGUGUUACUAUCGACCUCAUCAAAGUGGAGUUCAACAACCUCAGCCAACAAUCAUACCGGCAAUGAUAUGCUCAAUGGCACGAUCAUCAACGGCUCACAACUACCUCGACUCACUGAUACGUUCAUCACUGGCAUUGGGUUGCUUCCCAGAUGUCCACGAGAGGAUACACACGGAUAUCACUUCGAUCGAUCAAUUCAUCAAACCAUUCAUUCAAACUGUGAUGGCACCUGGUUCAAGAACAUCACCAAGCUACUACCUGUAUCACAACGAGUCCAUCUCAUUACCAACACUAUUCAAAAUGAUUGCGCCUCGACAUCCACUUGUCCCAGUCCCUGA